GAGAAGAAACAUCUUCUGCUAAAAGGUGGAGGUGGAAGGUGCGCGCCGAGGAUCCAGACGUGUGCGCGCACUGACGGGAGGUUAUGACCGACUACCUUCACCUGGACGCCAGGCUGCUGCCGCUCAUGAUGAUGAUGAUAAUGAUGGGAUGCUUGAUGGUUGGUGGAACUGCGCCAGCUGCCCCGGUGAACGUGUCGGUGACCCAGCUUCGAGCCACUUCGGCCAGGGUGACCUGGAACGUCCCUCUGGGAGAGACGGUGAUCGGUUACGCCAUUUCGCUGCAGAGGCAAGACGGCCUGAUGCAACGCUCCAUUCGUGAGGUGAACACAUCAAGUCGCUGGUGUGUGCUGUGGGACCUGGAUGAGUUCACACACUACAGUGUGCAGGUGCUGUCUGUCGGACUGUAUGGUGACAGCCAACCCAGCAGCGCCCUCCACUUCAGGACCUUGGAAAGAAGCGAUCACUACCCCGCUGGAGUGCUUGACCACCAUGAACCAGCAAUGGAGGGUUUGGGAAUGUCUCCUCACCUGCAGACUGGAGAACUGCUCAUCAUCACCACAGUGCUGCUGCUGUGGGCAGCCGUCAUCGCCCUGUUCUGCCGGCAAUACGACAUCAUUAAGGACAACGACUCAAAUAGUACUCGAGAAAAGUCCAAGAGGCCGCUGGUUCCGGUCGCCUCCUCCUACUACAACGCCUCCGCCACCAGCUCUCCCAUCUACCACAACGGCGCCAUCCACAGUGGCAGGCUUCACAGAGCCUCGUCGUCUAUCAGCAUCAUUCGAGUCUGAGAGCCGUCCACGGUUGAGUCGAUGUCCAGGGAGCUUGCCGCGAUUUCAUCGCAGAGACUAAACAGGCUUGUCGGAGAGCCGCACGACUCCCUACUAAUGAAAACGUGAGAGAGGAAGUCGUCAACUCGUGACUUUGACCCUGGUUGUGGAGUGUGCAGCGCUUUCGCUUUCUCGUCUGCUCGAAGGGACAGGCCGGCUUCCUGCCAUGAUCCUUCGAAGACGGAAGUGAAUGUACGCAAGCAUGACGGGCAAAUUUGGUUUCUUGCUUCUUUUUUUUUUUUGUCAGACGGCUUUGGUUGAGCAGAUGCCGGAGUUAGUUUGUUUUCAAUAACUACAUGACUAGAUUACUAACGCCUAGGGGUGUAACGAUUCAUCCAUACACAUCGAUUAAUCGAUAUAAUGCUCUACGAUUUGUUGCCAUCGAUGCUAAACGUAAACAUCGCUCUAUAUCGCCAGUUUUUGACCUCUGACAUUAGACGCGACUUUAUUUUGAAAUCCAGUUCAUUGUUGCUUGCUUCCUCUUUCCGGGAGCGGUGCGCGGCGUGUUGUGUUGUGAGCAGAGCAGGCACGUGAAAGGGGAGCCGACAACUACGCGGCUCCUGGGCUGGUCCUAUGACUACUAGCCAUUGGUUAGUGUCAAAGAAGACGAGGAAAUUCGCUCCCCUUUGGGCUUCAAGUCAUUCGUUUGGAAGCACUUUGUAAUUUCCUAAAUAAAAAGAUUGCAGUACCUUGUUGAUAUUGCGGAUGAAUUGUUAUCAGGAUAUUGUUCUAUAUCGAACGUAGAGCACUAUAUCGUGAUGUAUCGUGAAUGAAUCACAGCAGGCUUUAAGAUAUCGGCAAAUAUCUUAUCGUGUCAAAGCCCGCGAUUUACACCCCUACUAACGCCACUAUCAUCGUAAUGUAUUUCAUUUUGGAGGACUUUGAAGAGCACCUUCAAACAUUAAACGAUUUAAAAGACACAAUGAAAAGUAUUGUAAGAAACGAAUAGCAAUAAAAAACAAGAGUAACACAAGUUCUAACUAUUAGUUCUAAUCAAUAUGCCAGUUGAGCACCCCUUUGGACUAUUCCAUCUCAUUGCACACGUGCAGAUUUAGUUCAGGAAGAAGGUUGCAGAUGUUCCCCCAAAAUUGGUGGCCUGCUGUGAGAAAAAUUAAAUAGUGGAAGAAGGUGAGAGAAAACCAAACCGCUGCAGCCAUUUCCAAGGUGACAUGGAAUGUGCAUAAAUAUCAACAAUGGGAGCCAAACAAACAUUCGGGCCAAUUGCAGCAGUACUGCUGUCUGUGUCUGCAAGUCUUGCUCCUACUUUCUUGUCAGACUCCAUGUA